ACACCAAAACCAGUAUCUGUUCCUUUAUUUGCUUAAAAAUAGAAUUCCAUCAAAUGUAAAAAAAUAAUAAUAAAAUAAAUAAAUAAAUAAAAACCUUUGAAAACUCAUUGGAAUUGAUUGGAAUAAUCACGCAAAAUGGAUACAUGGAAUUGUGGAGUUGGCAUACUGCUGAUGUCAGUGAUUUCUGCUGCUUUUGGAUUGCAAGUUAGUAUUCCACAGUCCACAUAUGAAGUUGCUCGAGGUGAUGAAGUGAUCAUAACAUGCAGUUUUCAGCCUAAAAAUCCUGUGAACCGACUCAUUGUCAUCUCAUGGACUGGUGAGACUGAUGGGUCAUUUGAUGAUGAAGGGAUUUCUUUUGGGACCUUCUACUCUGAUGAUGGCCAUGUAGAUAUCAAUGCAAUGUAUGAAGGCAAAGCCUUUAUUGAAACUGAUGUGGCUAAAAAAGAGUCAAAGUUAUUGCUGAAGCACGUCACUUUGCGAGAGAGCAGACUCAUCAAAUGUCUUGUCCAGAUUCCUGGUGAUACAGAGGGACAAACAUCAGAUUCAACUUCUCUUGUGGUUCUGGUUGCACCAUCAGAUCCUGUCUGUAAGAUUAAGGGCACUGCAGAGUAUGGACAAAAUAUCAGCUUGACCUGUGUCUCUGAAGAGGGCUCCCCAGCUCCCACAUACCAGUGGCAGAGCUAUGAUGUCAAAAACGUCCAAAGACCACAUCCACCCAAAACAACUGAGAAGGAUGGAGUGCUUUCUCUGUUCAAUGUAUCCAGGGACACAUCAGGUUACUACAUUUGCACAUCAGCCAAUAAGAUUCGCUCUGCAAAAUGCAACCUCACCUUGUCAGUCAUGCCAGCUACAAUGAAAAUUGGAGCUACAGCAGGUAUCAUUGGAGGCUGUGUUGCUGGAGUUGCAGUGCUUGUAUUAAUAAUUUACUGCUGCUGCAGAAAGAAGCAGCAGCCAGAGGAAUUUGCCAUGGAACCUCCAGUGGUAGAAUACCAUGACAAUCCAAAGCAAGAGAAGCAAGAAGAUGGUUCUGGAGAUAUAAGGAAGAAUAGUAUUGAAGGCAGCAUUGACCAGAGAGAGAGAUAUGAGAUGAAGGCUGGAAAGGACAGUGAGAGACAUGACGAUCGCAGAGACAUCCACAACAGAGGUCGUAACGAAGGCCACCGAGAAUGUUAUGACGACCGCAAACCUUAUAACGAUGACCAGCAGAAUCAGGAUGAUCGCAGAAGUCAAUAUGAUGACCUCAGAGAUCAUUAUGAUGAUCGGCAAAAUCGCUACGAUGGCCAUCAAAGAGAUCGUUACGAUGAUCGGCAGGAUCGCUUUGAUGAUCACAGAGAUCGCUACAGGGAUCGAAAGGAUCGCUUUGAUGAUGGCAGAGAUCGCUACAAUGAUCGACAGUAUCACUUUGAUGAUGACAGAGAUCGCUACAAUGAUCGACAGGAUCGCUUCAAUGAUGACAGAGACCGUUACGAUAAUCGACAAGAACAUUAUAGUGGUCAAAGAGAUUGUUAUGACGAUGGCAGAGAUCACUAUCGCCAGAACCGCUAUGAUGAUGACAGAAGAAGUUUUGAUGACCGCAGAGAAGAUUAUGAUGAUCGCCAGGGUUGCUAUGACAACCAAAGAUACCGUUAUGGCGAUCGCCAGGAUCACUAUAAUGACCCCAGAGAUCGCUAUGAGCGCCAAGACCAAUAUACUGAUCGUUAGGAAGCCAUGAGCAUUAAGAUUGUCGCUUUUGUGAAAAUGACUAGGGAAAUUUUAUGAAAAAUGUAGAGCAGUUACAUUCUAUUAAUUACAUUUUUUUUGAAUCACUGUACAAUAUUAUGUAUCUAAUAACAUUUCAAAAGUGGACUGUAAUUUUAUAUGGAAAAACUUUUGAGGUAACUUAUCUUAUAUGUAUUUUCCAUAUAUUCAUGAAGGUGUGAUCUUUGGUACUCUCAUUUAAAUGUUACUGUUGUACCCCUCUAUGAAGCACAAUAUACUGUACAGUCUUCGACUCCACUGAUGACAUAGUAUGCUAAUGUUUAUACUGGCAGAAAAUAUGUAAAUACAAACAAACAAACAAACAAACAAACAAAACAUAGUCCCAGUUAAAUAAGUGUAUAUUUUACGUCAUAAUUAGCAACAAUUAUGUUAACAAAAACUGAAAAGAACUGUGCAGCACUGCUUAUCAAAUUGUAAGUGUAAUUAAAAAAGUGGUUUUACGUAUAUUAUUUGAAUGGAUUAUUACAUAGAUUAUUUGAAUGGAUUAUUACAUAGAUUAUUUGAAUGGAUUAUUACAUAGAUUAUUUGAAUGGAUUAUUACAUAGAUUAUCUGAAUGGAUCAGCCUAAUGAGAACACAUUCUGAUUUUAUUUUCCUCUUGUUGGAUGCUCUUAUUUUCGAAGAUGGGUAGUGUACUUAACGCGAUGCUCGGUUUUUGUCUCCCAUACGUC